AUGGCAGGUUUACAUUCGGAGGUUCCCCCCGACACCGGUGUUCCCCAAGGGGCACCAUCCCAUUUGAUGAUCUUUGUGUGUUCAAAACUUCAAAUACACAACCGGCACAAUUCCACUUUAGUCACAACAUUCAACUUAGAGAUUGGGAUUACUGGAGCUAUUUUAACAAAGCUAGAUGGGGAUUCCAGAGGAGGAGCAACUUUGAGUGUUAAGGAGAUUGUGAAUGAUGAGCUAGUGAAACUGAUGGGCGGAGAGGUGUUUGAACUUGAUGAUGAUGAUGGUGGUGAUGAUGAUGAUGAUGAUGGUGAUGAUGAUCAUGAUGAUGAUGGAGGUGAUGAUGAUCAUGAUGAUGAUGGUGAUGAUGAUGAUGAUCAUGAUGAUGAUAGAGGUGAUCAUGAUUAUGAUGAUGAUGGUGGUGAUCAUGAUCAUGAUGAUGAUGAUGGUGGUGGUGAUCAUGAUGACGAUGAGGAUGAGGUUGGGGGUGGCUUGGUUAAGAUGACGUAUCAUGAACAGCUAGGUGAGGAGCGUUAUGCAACAAAGACAACUGCUGUUAUAAGUUCAAAGGGUUCUGAUGUUUCAGAUGGUUUCACUUGGAUUCGAGUGCAUCAGACGUGGUACAAAGGAUAUGAAGGAAAAGAUAAUACAACAUGGCACUUCUAA